AAAAGGGGAAAGAGAACAACAAAUUGAACGAGAAAGGUGUUAUUGAUAUCAGCCCCUGAGAGAACUGAUGAAUGAAGAGGUAGAAUCAAAGGAAGAACCAUAAGCGGUUGCUUGUAAAUCUGGUUGACUGGUGAACCAUGCCUUCGCUUCAGCUGUUGCAAUUAACUGAGCAUGGUCGGAGCUUUGUUGCUUCAAGGAGGAAAACCUUGCUACUUGCUACUGGUAUUGUAGCUGCCGGUGGGGCUGCUGCUUAUGUUCAGUCAAGAUUAACCCAUAAAAGGCACAUAUUUGUUGGUCAAUAUAAUGGGCUGAAUGAAAAUAAAGAGACUGAGAAUGUCGUGGCGAAUGAUCAUAAGAAAAAGAAACCUCCACAAAAGAGAGUGGGAUUGAAGUCUUUGAAAGUGCUCGCUGCAAUUCUUUUAUCUGAAAUGGGCCAAAUGGGUUUGAGGAAUCUCUUAUCUUUGGUCGGAAUAGUGGUAUUGCGAACUGCUCUGAGCAACAGACUUGCAAAAGUCCAAGGGUUUUUAUUCCGUGCAGCUUUUCUUCGACGAGUUCCAUUAUUUUUUCGGCUGAUUUCUGAGAAUAUUCUAUUAUGUUUCCUUGCCUCAACUAUGCAUUCAACUUCAAAGUACAUAACAGGGUCCUUAAGUCUACGGUUUAGAAAAAUAUUGACGCAACGUAUCCAUUCCCAUUAUUUUGAGAAUAUUGCUUACUACAAAAUGUCUCACGUUGAUGGUCGGAUAAUGAAUCCAGAACAGCGAAUUGCAAGUGAUGUACCAAGGUUCUGUUCUGAGUUGAGUGAAAUUGUACAAGAUGAUUUAACAGCUGUUACUGAUGGUCUCCUUUACUCUUGGCGGCUGUGUUCCUAUGCCAGUCCUAAAUAUAUAUUCUGGAUAUUGGCAUAUGUACUGGGAGCAGGGGGAUUGAUAAGAAACUUCUCUCCUCCUUUUGGGAAAUUAAUGUCCAAAGAACAACAAUUAGAAGGGGAGUACCGGCAGCUCCAUUCACGAUUGAGAACCCAUGCAGAAAGUGUGGCAUUCUAUGGUGGAGAAAGUAGAGAGGAAUCUCAUAUUCAGAAGAAGUUUAACUCACUGGUUGGCCAUCUGCGUGUUGUCCUUCAUGACCAUUGGUGGUUUGGCAUGAUUCAAGAUUUCCUGUUGAAGUAUCUUGGUGCCACAGUUGCUGUUAUAUUGAUUAUUGAGCCCUUCUUUUCGGGCAGUCUGAGGCCUGACACUUCAACUUUAGGCCGUGCUGAGAUGUUAAGCAACUUAAGAUAUCAUACCAGUGUCAUUAUUUCGCUCUUUCAGUCUAUGGGAACUCUCGCUUCAAGUUCGAGAAAACUCAAUCGUCUUAGUGGUUAUGCUGAUCGUAUUCAUGAACUAAUGGUCAUAUCAAGAGAGCUAAGUGCCGUUGAUGACAAAUAUUCUGGGGGUAAAAACUGCUCUAGUCAGGCUGAUUACAUUGAAUUUGCUGGUGUCAAGGUUGUUACUCCCACUGAUAAUGUAUUGGUGGAUAAAUUGUCACUUAGGGUUGAACCAGGAUCUAAUUUGUUGAUUACAGGUCCAAAUGGAAGUGGAAAGAGCUCACUUUUCCGAGUUUUAGGAGGCCUCUGGCCCUUGGUAUCUGGCCAUAUUGUGAAACCUGGUGUUGGAACUGAUCUCAACAAAGAAAUUUUCUAUGUCCCACAAAGACCAUACACUGCUGUCGGAACACUUCGAGACCAGUUGAUUUAUCCUCUUACUGCAGAUCAAGAGGUCAAACCACUUACACGUGAAGAAAUGGCAGAGUUAUUGAGAAAUGUUGACCUUCAGUAUCUAUUAGACCGUUAUCCACCUGAGGAAGAGAUAAAUUGGGGUGAUGAAUUAUCUCUUGGUGAGCAACAAAGAUUGGGGAUGGCUAGACUUUUCUAUCAUAAGCCUAAAUUUGCAAUUCUUGAUGAGUGCACAAGUGCUGUCACUACUGACAUGGAGGAAAGAUUCUGUGCUAAAGUUCGAGCAAUGGGGACAUCAUGCAUUACAAUCUCUCAUCGUCCAGCACUAGUUGCAUUUCAUGAUGUAGUACUGUCCUUGGAUGGUGAAGGCGGUUGGAGUGUUCAUGAGAAAAGGGAUAAUUCUCUAGUCCGUAAUGAAGGUGGGAAAAGUAUGUUGAAGUCUUCUGAAACAGACCGGCAGAGUGAUGCAAUGACUGUUCAGAGAGCAUUCGCCUUGACUAAACAGGAUUCCACAAUCUCAAACUCAAAGUCCCAGUCAUACUUUGCUGACGUGAUAGCAGUUUCUCCUUCUGCUGAGCAUAAUAUUACACUUCCAUCUUUCCCACAGCUGCAAAGAGCUCCUGUGGCACUGCCAUUGAGAGCAGCUGCCAUGUUCAAAGUACUGUUUCCUACCUUUAUUGAUAAACAAGGAGCACAGCUACUUGCAGUUGCUUUUCUCGUAGUAUCGAGGACAUGGAUUUCUGAUCGUAUUGCUUCAUUAAAUGGAACCACUGUGAAAUUUGUUUUGGAACAAGACAAGGCAUCUUUUAUUCAUCUAAUUGGUGUUAGUGUACUCCAGAGUGCGGCAUCUUCAUUCAUUGCACCUUCUAUAAGGCACCUAAAAUCUAGGCUGGCUCUUGGGUGGAGGAUUCGUUUGACUCAACAUUUGCUUAAAACGUACUUGAAAAACAAUGCAUUCUAUAAGGUAUUCAACAUGUCAAGCAAGAACAUCGAUGCGGAUCAGAGAAUUACACAGGACCUUGAAAAGUUAACCACCGACUUGUCGGGAUUGGUUACUGGAUUGGUAAAGCCAUCUGUGGACAUACUAUGGUUCACUUGGAGAAUGAAGCUUUUGACUGGUCAGAGAGGAGUAAUUAUAUUGUACGCAUAUAUGUUACUGGGUCUUGGUUUGCUCAGAGCUGCUACCCCUGAAUUUGGUGAUUUGACAAGUCGACAACAACAACUUGAAGGAACCUUUAGGUUUAUGCAUGAAAGACUGCGUGCUCAUGCUGAAUCUGUUGCUUUCUUCGGGGGAGGUCAUAGAGAGAAAGCUAUGGUUGAAUCAAAGUUCAAGGAGCUACUCAUUCACUCGUCGUCUCUUUUGAAGAAGCAAUGGUUAUUUGGUAUUCUAGAUGAUUUUAUAACGAAACAACUGCCACAUAAUGUUACUUGGGGAUUGAGCUUGCUAUAUGCCAUUGAACAUAAGGGAGACCGAGCAUUAAUAUCUACUCAAGGAGAGCUGGCGCAUGCAUUGCGUUUCCUGGCAUCUGUGGUAUCUCAAAGCUUUUUAGCUUUUGGUGACAUUCUUGAAUUGCAUAGAAAAUUCCUGGAACUCUCUGGCGGCAUUAACAGGGUUUUUGAACUUGAAGAGCUCUUAAAUGCUGCACAAUCUGUGGUUGGCUAUUCAGGGGCUUCUGAAGGUGGUAACUUAUCACCAUCUGAGAGGGAAGGUCUUCCAUCUGAAGACGCCAUAAACUUUUCUGAAGUUGAUAUCAUAACGCCCUCACAGAAACUGUUGGCUAGUAAAUUAACUUGUGAUAUAAUACCUGGGAAAAGCUUGCUUGUUACUGGUCCAAACGGGAGUGGAAAAAGUUCUGUUUUUAGAGUUCUUAGAGGUCUUUGGCCCAUUAUGAGUGGAAGAAUCAGUAGACCAUCUCAAGAUCUUAACGGAGUUAAUAGAGAUGUUGGAUCUGGUUGCGGAGUGUUUUAUGUUCCUCAGCGACCUUACACAUGCUUAGGAACACUCAGGGAUCAAAUUAUAUAUCCCCUCUCUUUUGAUGAGGCAGAGAUGAGGGCAUUGAAGUUGUAUCAAGAAGGUGGAAAAUUUGCCGAUUGCACCAACAUUCUGGACAUGCGAUUGAGGACUAUUCUUGAGAAUGUUCGGUUAAGUUAUCUUUUGGAAAGGGAGGAAGGUGGUUGGGAUGCUAAUCUUAACUGGGAGGACACACUAUCUCUCGGAGAACAGCAGAGACUAGGCAUGGCACGCUUAUUUUUUCACAAACCUAAAUUUGCCAUCCUUGAUGAAUGCACCAAUGCUACAAGUGUUGAUGUGGAAGAACAACUUUAUCGGCUUGCGAAAGACAUGGGUAUCACAGUUGUUACCUCCUCACAACGUCCUGCUCUAAUCCCAUUCCAUUCCCUGGAACUACGGCUUAUUGAUGGUGAGGGUAACUGGGAGCUUCGAUCAAUAAAGCAAUGAGUGACUAUAUGGUGGUUCUGUCGCUUUAUCCUGUAUACUAUGAAGCAAUUAGCAGACCUGCUUUUUAUCUCAAGCCGCAGAAGAAGGCAAGCAAAGGUAGAUUUUUAUAUCCAAGAGACAAUUUAUCAUAGAGCGAGCUGUAUUAUGUUGCUCGUACAUGACAGGCAGCCUAAGGAGAAAGGUGAUCACAUCAUUCUGUGUAGCGCACAUUGUUGAAUUGCAGAUUAUCAGAUUGGAGCAUACUUUAGGUGAAAGAAAUCCAAUAUGUACAGUAUUUUCCCCAAUUUUCCCAGCAUUUUGGGUUGUAAGAAUUUAUAGUUUAGUUAUAAUACUUAGCCCCCAACAUAGAUAUAGAUAAAAAGGUGUAGGUUACUGGGCAUUUCUCUGCAAGCUGUUUCCUGAGCUUGUGCUCCCUUCAUAAGUUCACAACCCAAUGUUAUAGAAAGGGUAGUGCCUGCAACUUGGGGUUCUCAUAUUUUGGGGUUAUAUGAAUGCUCACAUUCACGGUUGCUUCAAUAAUAAUAAUAGCAGAAUCCAUUCUUUCA